UGCCAGCUGUCAAAUUUCGGUAUGAUUGUGUUUUGACGAAAAAUUUUUCAAAUGGAAGUCCAGUGUGUGAGUCCGUGUGAAGUACCGCAGUACGCAAUCAAGGCAAAUCGUGCCAUCGCUUUGUUGAUCAUCACAUGCAAACUGACGAUAUUCUCGGCUUUCAUGGUACUAGCAAUAAGUACCAAAGCGGUCGUUAACAACCUUUUACUAAUAACGGACGACGUGGCUAAGCAGUUGGGUAAAAUUCCGAAAGCUUAUCAAGUACUAUUGGUUGGACUUUCGUUACAAAAAAUCUUCAUUCUUGUACUAGGGUUUUAUGGUUUUGCCCGCCUGAAACGUUAUUUUCUGGCUUCGUACGCAUUCUAUCUUAUCUUGAUGAUUUUCUGGUUCAUCUUUUUCUCAAUCACAGUGACAGUGGAAGAUUCGCACGACAAAGAUUUAACUUCAUUGUUUAAAGAUUUUAAGUCGAGCGAAAGAGCAAAGGCUGCUGUUUAUCUGUACCAGGAAAAGUACCGAUGUUGCGGAUCCGAGUACCACACGUCAAACGACUCGGAAGAGGAAAGACUUAGUUGUUGCAACGAACAAAACCAAUCUUGUAGUACCAAGAAACCAACGAUACUGUCUAAAUUCAAACUAGAGGGAGUACUACAAUCACGAGUUAACGUAGCCAUUGGUACGAUAGCUCUCACCGUAAUCGAACUGCUCCUCGUUGUUGCCAUGUUGUACUAUCUAAAAUGUGAAACGUAAAUUUUCAAAUAAAGUACUAACUUUCCCUG